CCUGGCCGACGCUGCCUGGAGUUGGGAAGGCGCAGGUGGACCUCGCGGGGACGGAGCGGCCGCAGGCCCGGAAGCGGCCUGGUCUGAGCCCGUCGCCUGUGCCUGGCACGGCGCGAGGACGGUGUCGGUGUCCUCGGAGCCCCAGCGCUGUGGAAACCCUGCGGGAGGUGCUACUCCGCACCUGCCAGCUGACGUCGCGAGGGCUCGCGUGCGUCGGACCGGGCUUAGGGUUCCCCACGUUUCCCGGGCCUGCGGUGGUUAAGUCGUCGCUGUUCGGUUCACCCUUCCUCUCUCUUCAUUUUUUAAAAAAAAUAGUGAAACAGAGUUUGCUUUUUGUUUUUGCUUUUAAGAUUUAUUUGUUUUGAAAGAGUAACAGAGGAAAAGAACUUUUCCAUCUGCUGGGUCACUGCCCCAUGGCCACCAGGGCUAGGCCGGUCCAACCCGGGAGCUUCUCCCGGGUCUCCCACGUGGGUGGCAGGGACCUCAGCUUUUCCCAGGCCGUUAGCAGGGAGCCGGAUGGCGGCACCUGUACGGGAUGCUGGAGUGGGAGGCAGCGGCUGUACCUGCUCUGCCGCAGUGCCCGGCUCUGAACGAAGUGUAAGGGAGAGAGUACACCUGAUGGAGCAGGUGGGCACCUCAGUGGGGACCCGAGAGCCCCAGCUCACAUUUGUGAACUCGCGAGUCGCUGUUCACAGCGGGGAGGAAGGGAUCUUGACAGCGCUGCCAACAUGUCUGACGGUGAAGAAGCCACUAACCACCUUCUGGACGGGACCCUUCACGAGAGCCAGGCUUCUGUACAGGCCGCAGAGGGUGGCCUCCAAAGUGAGUCUGCACGUCUCCCAGUCACGAUCGGCGCCACAGUUCCCACUGGCUUUGAGCAGACUGCCGCGGACGAAGUGAGAGAGAAGCUGGGCUCAGCAUGCAGAAUCAGCAAAGACCGCGGCAAGAUUUAUUUCGACAUUUCAGUGGAAAGUCUGGCUCAGGUUCAUUCCCUGAGAUCGGUCGAUAACUUAUUUGUGGUGGUCCAGGAGUUCAAGGAUUACCAGUUCAAAAGCACAAAGGAAGAAGUUCUAAAGGACUUUGAAGACUUGGCUGGGAAACUGUCAUGGUCAGACCCUUUAAAAGUGUGGGAAAUGAACAGCAGUUUCAAGAAGAAAAAAACAAAACGCAAAAAGAUAAAUCAGAAUUCAAAUAAAGGGAAGACUGAUAAUGGACAAGGAGACAAAAAAGAUGAGAGAGAUGUUAAGAAAGAGUUGACUGGCAGUGCUUCAGAGACACAGAUCUUGGACUAUUACGAAAACCCAGCCAUCAGAGAGGAGAUCUCCACGUUAGUCGGCGAUGACUUGGCCUCUUGCAAAGAUGAGGCUGAUGAAAGGUCGAAAGAAGAGGCAGAUGCAUCAGUGCUGCGCUUCAGAGUCACCUGCAACAGGGCGGGAGAGAAGCACUGCUUCACCUCCAACGAGGCUGCGAGGGACUUCGGAGGUGCUGUUCAAGAACACUUUAAGUGGAAGGCUGACAUGACCAGCUUUGAUGUGGAGGUUCUCUUGAACAUCCAUGACAACGAGGUCCUGGUGGGCAUUGCUCUGACAGAAGAGAGUCUCCACCGAAGAAACAUAACGCAUUUUGGACCUACCACUCUCAGGUCGACUCUUGCCUACGGGAUGCUCAGGCUAUGUGCUCCUCAACCUACUGAUAUAAUUAUCGAUCCAAUGUGUGGAACAGGAGCAAUACCAAUAGAGGGGGCUACCGAAUGGUCCAACUGUUUCCAUAUUGCGGGUGACAAUAAUGCCCUGGCUGUGAAUAGAGCGGCAAAUAACAUCGCAUCUUUACUGACCAAGAGCCAAAUUAAAGAAGGCAGCCCCUCCUGGGGCUUGCCCAUCGACACUGUUCAGUGGGACAUCUGCAGUCUGCCCCUGAGAACUGGCUCUGUGGAUAUUAUUGUAACAGAUAUGCCAUUUGGAAAGAGGAUGGGCUCUAAGAAGAGAAACUGGAACCUUUAUCCAGCUUGCCUACGGGAGAUGAGCCGUGUUUGUAGACCUGGGACAGGCCGAGCUGUACUACUUACUCAGGACAAAAAAUGUUUUACCAAGGCGUUAUCUGGAAUGGGACAUGUAUGGCGAAAGGUACAUACAGUCUGGGUGAACAUUGGCGGUCUUCAUGCUGCAGUUUAUCUUCUGAAACGCACACCUCAAGCUUUUGUUCAUCCUUCAGAACAAGAUGGAGAGAGAGGAACUCCUUGGUAAUGUGGAGUGAAGAUGCUUCAUAGCAUUUGUACUUCCCAACACUGGAAAUGUCAACAUGAAGAACUUGCUUUGAGAGGACAAUGAGAUUAAGAAAAGUCUACUCUAUUUCAACUUGUGAGGAAGCAGAGCUUUUCCUUGGAGCUGUUUUGAAGGGGUAGCUGGGCGAUUAGUAUUUUUCUUAAAAUGCUUUAAAGCUGUUUAGUGAAGACCCUCAUAAAAUUGUUCUGGAAUUUUGGUUUUGUUUUUUCAGGUUUUAUAGUCAGUUAUCCGUUGUGUCGAGGGGAAUACCUAUUAGGUAGCCUGUUAGGCCGUGUCUUUACUGCCUUUGCAGCUUUGCUGUUCAAAAGCUUAAGUUCUGUUUAUCUGAACCUCAAAAAAUGGAUCAUCAUUACAUUUUGUGAAGUGUUUGUCAUGUGACAAGGUGAAAUCUUGAGACCUAUAGAAAAGCUUACUCUCUGCCUUAAAAAUUAAACUAUGUGCUUGUAACUGAGAUUAGUACAUAGAACAAAAACAGAAGGCUCGGAUUUAUGAAAGGGAUGUCUGUAAAUUGCAGCAGACAUAUUGAUACAUGAAGUACGGGCAAACAAGCUCUAUUUUAAAACUUUUGUUGCAGUACACAAAUGAUGUAUUGCUUUUCAUGUCAGAGUGUUUUCUUUUAUUGUUGAUAUCUUAAAAGGAGAGAAAAAAGGAGGUAUCUGAAUGAAAACGUGUCAGUUGGGAGUCAUGAAAGAGGUCAUUUUUUCCUAUUUUCUCCUGGAUCUGUCUGUGCUCACAUUUAGUUCCUUUUCCAGUUGUUAACAAGUCUUUCCUCAAAGAAUUUUUUGGAAAAAGAAAUAAGCACGUAUUGGGUCCUUGUAAAAUGGUGUUUCCAUAAGCAAAGAGUAGUUGAGUUUUGAUGUGGAAUUCUUUAUAAUAUUCUUAAAGCGUUUAGUUUGGGUUAUUUGGCUGCAUUUAGUUUCUGUGUCAUUUCAUAGGACUACUUAUACUACCCGUUGGUGUCUCCAUUUGGAGUAAACGGACACAGUACCUCCAUCAUUUCAAACAGCAUUCACGUGAACAGCGUAGGCAACAACCCCAGCUUGUUUUCUCUCUGAUCUACCCCACAGUUCAGAAUGACUUGGAAGUAAAACAUGGAUGAAGGUUUUGUAUUCUAGACUUCGAGACUGCAUUUUCACUGUUAUUCAGAUAAACCAUUGAAUUAUUUGUGGGUUAUGCAUAGGUUUUUCUCCUCUAACUAACCAAACCAUUUAAACCUCAAAUGAUGGUUGGUCCGCAAUCUGCCAAACCAGAAAGUGCAAGGACCAUGUCUCUGUUCACCAAAGUGCUUGGCACAGUACCUGCCUCCGAAGGGACCUUCUAUACCUGAACAAUUAAAAUAUUUUUUUGAUAUUAGCUUAGUGCUUUUGCCAUCUUUCUCCCUACUUUGUAGUUCUGCAGUUUGUUGACUAGGCGAUGGGCUCUGAACAAGAUUCAGAAGUCCUGGAAAUGAGCUAUGACAUUUCGUUCUCCAAGUUGUUUUUACCUUCUAAGUGGGUCUCUUGGACCACAGUAAUGGGGAAUAAAAUCUAAUAAUGUAGAAAAAAAAUCUAACCAUGCGAAUGCACAGGGAACAGCUGAGUUACAUACCACAGUCUAUUCUUGGUAAUAAGUUCAUAUAUCUUUUUCAAGGGGUAAAAUAAAGCAAGACUUUAGAAACCUAAAA